AUACCAAAAUAAAACGAUAUACACAUUUGAGACCCCCCUCCCUUUCUGAGAGAGAGAGAGGACGAACACUAAUCCCCAAUCAUGCCGCCGAAUAUGAAAACCCUAAUUGCCAAGUACCGUGGAGGGAACCGCAGAUUCUCUUGUUCAGCAAGUAAUAGUGCUGGCUCGAAUGGAGCAGGACAGAUCUUGUGGAGCCUACGUCGAUUUAUAUCAUUCGGUUUUGGAUAUGGCUUAGGUAUGUAUGUACUUGGAGAUAAGGUAGCAGAAGUUGAGGAGGAUCGUCAAAAGUAUUUGAGGGAUGUUUAUGGGGAGUCUUCGAAAAUUGUUGAUCUGAGACAAGAGAUGUGGAAAUUUUGAAGGUCUGUUGCAAAAGUCAUAUGAUUAUUAUUGAAGGUUUGUGUGAUUCACAGUACGACUAAAUUAUCGCCGUAACAAUCACUGUUAUUAUUGUAAAUUAUUGCCUUAACUCCCACUAGAUAAUCUAAGUUGUGGCUCGGUUUGCCCAAUUCUUACUAAUGGAAGUGAAUUAAAG